UAGACAGAUAGGUGUAAUUUUAUUAGUAGAUCGUUUGGCGAUUGUGCGGAACAGGCUACCGGAGUUCUUCAGUCUCCAGACGUCACUGUACUAUAUAUAUAUGUUUCCAGCCUCUGCUGUGUCGCCCAUGGCGAAACCCGCCCCGCCACCGAGGACCUUCCGCAGCUUGGGGGAAAACGUUCCCGACAGGCCGGCUGUCAUCAAACCUCUGUCCCCAAAUCCGGUGAAGCCGCAGGUCCUCUCCCCCUCCCACCACACGGCGUCCACCAUAUCUUCACCCGGUGGGAUGGGAUAUCGGUUUGCCAGCGUUGACAGGUUGACACAGCGUCACCGGAUCUAUGACAGCAACCAGGAAAGUCCAAUCCAAAAUGCUUUCCUAGCUUAUGCUAGUCCUUCCAAAACGUUGCCACCACAUCUUAACCUGUCGACAAAGCGUGAGCUCUUCUUCCGCCCAGAUGGAGGGACCUCCGCCACCAGCACGGCUACGUCCAACGUUACAUCGACGGUCAGUACGCCGUAUUCUUCAUCAUUGCUGACAAAUAACGCAAAAGAUGGUGUUUUAAGUAGGGAGAAAGAGAGAGAGAAAGAGAAGUUUCGUGAGAAAGAGUUGGAGUCGGUCUCCUCAAAAGACAUGGAAGACUACAUAGGUUUUGCCAACCUGCCCAAUCAGGUGUAUAGGAAAGCAGUAAAACGAGGUUUUGAUUUCACUAUACUAGUGGUCGGUGAGUCUGGUUUGGGGAAGUCCACUCUCAUCAAUUCCUUGUUUUUUACGGACAUUUACUCCAACGAAUAUCCUGGACCUUCCCAGAGGAUAAAGAAGACUGUACAGGUAGAAACAAGCAAAGUUAUUCUACGGGAAAAUGGAGUGAAUUUAACCCUAACCAUUGUAGACACACCAGGGUUUGGUGAUGCUGUGGAUAACAGUGUAUGCUGGCAGCCCGUACUCAACUACGUUGAAUCCAAGUAUGAAGAUUACUUGCACGCUGAAUCUCGUGUCCAUCGUACCACUAUUGUGGACACGCGGGUCCACUGCUGCCUCUAUUUCAUCAGUCCUGGCCAUGGUUUGAAACCUCUAGAUUUAGAAUUCAUGAAGAAACUCCAUGAUAAAGUUAACCUCAUCCCUCUAGUGGCCAAAGCAGAUACAAUGACUCCUGAAGAGUGUAAUCAGUUUAAGAAAACGGUGCUGAAUGAAAUAACCCAAAGUAAGAUCAGGAUCUACGAAUUCCCAGACUGUGAUGACGAAGAAGAGAAUAAGCAUCAAAAACGUAUUAAGGAACGAAUACCAUUUGCUGUCGUAGGAAGCAAUGUAAUAGUAGAAGCCAAUGGGAAGAGAGUUAGGGGUCGAAAAUAUCCUUGGGGCGUGGUUGAAGUGGAGAACAUGGAACACUGUGAUUUUGUUGCCCUUAGAAACAUUAUGAUAAGAACACAUUUGCAGGACUUGAAGGAUGUGACAAAUAAUAUCCACUAUGAAAAUUAUCGUUGUUUGAAACUAGGAGCUGUUGGUAAAUCAGGAACUACUGCAAACAAGAACCCACUAGCACAUAUGGAGGAGGAAAGAAAAGACCACGAGAACAAGAUGAAGAGAAUGGAAAGAGAAAUGGAGCAAGUAUUUGACAUGAAAGUCAAAGAAAAACUAAACAAACUGAGAGAAUCAGAGUCAGAACUUAAUCGAAGAAGUGAACAAAUGCGUAAAACCCUGGAUCAACAGAAACGGGAACUGUAUCAGAAAUGGAAAGAGUUUGAAAAAGAAAGAACAACAUUUGAAGUAACUAAUCAAGAUAUGGAUGAUACUCAUCGAAGGCUGACUCUAACUCUAGAUAUGAGCCCAAAAGAAUAUUUUGAUGGAAAAGAUAAGAAAAAGGAAAAGAAGAAAGGACUGUUCUAACCUCUGAUGUGAAUGACAAUAGCAAGACCCGAUGUUGUGAAGUUCUAGAAGGUCUUCUGUCCAGGACCAUGUGUUAGGAGUAGGUGGCUUUCACUAAUUGUAUUAGUAGGAUCUGUUCAGAAAAGGCAAUCUAAAGUGUACAUAUGUGUUGUAUGCAGUUUAGGCCCGAGGGUUUUACAGACUUGUUCGGUAGUUAAUUUUGUCUCGCACGUAAAACUUCCUAGUAUCUAUAUCUGUAAACUUCAAUUCCAAAUAUCAGAUUCUCCCGUUAAAAUGUAAUUUUUCUGUCAUUAGUUUAGAACCAGAACUGUAAUCUUAAAAUAAACCCAGUGCAUAUUAUAAAACUUGA